UAGUGUCUCUGUGCAAUGAUGGUCACCCAGCCCGCCAUAGCACGGAGUGCAGUGGGCUUCCAGGAGCAGAGCCCACCCUGGUGAUCAGGAGGGGGGGGGGAGACAGUCCUCUCUCCCUCCAGCUGCUGCUUCUCUCGCAGACACAUGUUGCUGAUGCCUGUUUGCAGAACACUUGUUAGACUACACAAGCUCCUGGAUUGAUGCUGGAGGAUUCUAGGGGGGGGGGGCUUCAGAGUAAAUUAAGGGCUGGGGUCCAUUUGCCAGGGACUCAUCCAGCCUUCCUGGUUGUGUCACCCACACUUGUGCUAUGCACAGUAGACUCACAUCUUCCUAAAAGAAAUCAGAGGAUCUGUGGAGAGUUAUCCCUGUACCCUGUCAUCUCUUAAGUCCCCAGGACCCUCUGAGGAGGUGUUUGGGGGGCACUAGUUGCAACUGUCCCCUCUUCAGACAAGGACAGGUCCACCCUCGCUCCUCAGAAGACAGGAAAGGCUGUCUUCCCAUUUCAUCAAGUCUUCUGCACAGAUACCUCCUAAUAAGACCGCCAGUGUGACAGCAGCCAAGGGCUGACUGGUGCCACGAUGCCCGGACUGAUGAACCGAUUCACCGGGGCGCCCCUGCCCCUCACCGCAGCAGAGAUUAGCGCCUGUGUCAGCGGCUAUGCCCUUGGGAUGACUGCUUCCCUCACCUACAGCAACCCAGAAGCUCAGCCUAUUGAAGCGCUCUUCGUCUACCCCCUCAACGAGCACACAGUGGUAGUGGGGUUUGAGGCCGUUAUCUGCAGACGCAUCAUCACCGUCCAGAUUAAAGACAAGGCCAAAAUGGAUGAAUCCUACUAUGAGUACUGCAGCAUGGCCAGCGGGAGACUUCCGGAGGGGAACGGGCGGAUUCUCCUGGAUGAAGAUUUGGAGAGAAUCAUUUUUGUGGCCAACCUUGGAACUGUGCCAGCCCAGGAAAGUAUAUCCGUGUUGAUCAGCACUUCCUCCGAGCUCCCGACCCUCUCCAGCGGGGCCGUCCGAGUCCUUCUCCCUCCGGUCUGUGUCCCCCGAGUGUCGCACUGCACCCCGGAGGGCUCCCUGGCAACAGUGACCCCCCAGCGAUUGAGAGAGGCCGGGCUGUCGGGAGGCAGCAAAAAGCUCUGCCUGGCCACCUUACUGGAGACAGAAGCCGUCAACGCCAUAGAAUAUGAACUUACCUUCCAUCUAGAGAUCCGAGCGCCCUACCUUUUAGCAGGUGUUGAGAGUCCCACCCAUGAGAUCCGAGCCGACGCUGACCCUUCAGCUCCGUCUGCCAAGAGCAUCAUGAUCACCCUAGCGAACAAGCACACGUAUGACCGUCCCGUGGAGAUCCUCAUCCAUCCCAGCGAACCCCACCUGCCGCACAUUCUCAUGGAGGAGGGAGACAUGACCCCGUACGAGUACGAGCAAUUCCUAAAGGGAAAGAGCGACUUUAUCCGAGGAACCAAAAAAGACCCCAGUGCAGAGAAAAAGACGGAGAUAAUCCGCAAGCGCCUCAUUAAAGACAUCUGUCACAACCCGGUGGUGAUGCUGAAUUUCUGCCCCGAUCUCAAGACUCCCCAGACCGACCUCAGUAAGACGCAGGGGGAGUUCAUCUUCCUCAUCGACCGCAGCGGCAGUAUGAGCGGAGUGAACAUCGCCAGAGUCAGGGAUGCCAUGUUGGUCAUUCUGAAAAGUCUCAUGCCAACGUCACUCUUCAAUAUCAUUGGCUUCGGUUCAACGUUCAAGUCUCUGUUUCCGUCUAGCCAGAGCUACAAUGAGGAAAGUUUGGCCAUUGCCUGCGAAAGCAUCAAGCGACUUCGAGCCGACAUGGGUGGAACGAACAUCCUAUCGCCUCUCAACUGGAUCAUACGGCAGCCGGUGUGCCGGGGAUACCCACGUCUGCUCUUCCUGCUGACUGACGGCGCCGUCAGUAACACCGGAAAAGUGAUAGAGCUGAUCCGUCACCACUCAUCCUUCACUCGAUGCUAUAGUUUUGGCAUUGGCCAGAACGCGUGUCGGCGACUGGUGCAGGGCGUGGCGUGCGUGUCCAAGGGGAGUGCGGAGUUCCUGAUAGAAGGAGAGAGGCUGCAACCUAAGAUGUUGCAGUCCCUGAAGAAGUCCAUGGCUCCUGUCCUAAGCGACGUCACCGUAGAAUGGAUCUUUCCAGAGAGCACUGAGGUCCUCAUCUCACCCAUCAGCUCCAGCUUCUUAUUUCCUGGCGACCGCCUGGUGGGCUUUGGCGUUGUGUGCAGCACGGCCCGGUACCUCUCCAACCCGCGUACUGACAAAAGACGGCGGUACAGUAUGAUGCGGUCUCAGGAGUCCGGGAGCUCGGUAUUCUUCCAGUCACAAGACUCAUCCGGAAGUGGGGGAUCGAAGGGUCACCAAGACACUGGUCUGCCGUCAGAGCACAGCUCGGAAUUCCUGGAUACCAAAGAGGAUCUGGCUGCAGAACAUGAUCCAGCCGAUCUUGGCUUUCAACGUAGAGCCUACAGCACCAGUCAGAUCGCUGACCAACAGCCCUUGCCGAGGUCCCACCCUGCCAGUGACCCCAGUGCAUCCCUGGAGAGGAGCCCACUAUGCAGAAUAGAAAUCCAGGAUUUACAGCCAAUGGACAACUCAACCGCGGACAUUCAUGACUCACAGUCAUCAUUGUCCAUAAGUCCAUUUGUCAGCACCACAAAGAUUAGGGGUGCCGGGGCAAGGCGCCCCUCUCUUCUCCAGCAGAGCUGCCUCUCAUUCUGCCAUGAUGGGGAAACCCCACUGACACAUGAGGGUCUACAAGGAAGUUCCUCCACCCAGCCGGAGGCCACUCUCUCUCUGAAAUCCUCCACUGACAGUCAGCCUUUCAGCAGUCCAGGGGAUCUGGAUUGCCAUCAUCUGUGCUUCACCUUCGAAACAGAGACGGCGUCGGAGUCACUCUCCCAGGAGCAGUGCCCUGAGACCAGGGGCCCGGCCCCCCACUCGUACUCCAUGUGCAAGGCGGUAGUCCGGGGCCUGAAGAAUAAUCAGCCCAUGCAGUGGGAAAUCGCAUUUAACAUCCAGGAUCUGUUCCGGGAGCGGGAGAGCAGAGAGGACGACGAGAGCGACCUGUGGAAUGAGACCUUCCAUCACCUGGCCGCCAAGUCCAUUAUCCGAGACUUUGAGCAGCUUGCGGAGAGGGAGAGUGAGAUCGAGCAUGGUGUCGGGCGAAGAUUCCAGCUGAACGCCAUCCACGCCAGCAAGGCUUGCAACGUCAUCAGCAAGUACACGGCUUUCGUACCUGUCGACCUGAGCAGCAACUCCUACCUGCCCAGCGUGGUGGAAUACGCCAACACAGGUGCCGCUCUCAAGCAGGGUUCUCAGCGCAGCUUAAGUUCCGGAAGUCGCCGGCUACGAGGUUUCUCCAUCGGCCUGGGGCGGUCGCAGUCGACAUGCGUGUCGGAGUCAUCGGAUGAACGAUUUUACAAUGUGGAUGAGAUUGCAACUUCGCCCUGCACAACGCCCGUUUCGUCCGGAUGGGAGCGCUGCAACUUCCCACAAGCCGCUCCGCGCAGUCCCUCCGUCUCCUCGUCCCAUUCUCAGAGGUCCAUAGAGAGCCUCUUUGCAGCCAGGUUGAGCUUAAACAAGACCCGGCUCCUGACUCGCGCAGCUAAAGGAUUUAUGAUUAAGUCGCCAGGGAAAGGAAGUGAGGAAAGCGAGAGUGACUACAUUGACUACUUACCUCUGGUCUCGCUGCAGUUGGCAUGUGGGGCAUUCCUUCUAACCCAAGCCUUUGCGGAUGCCGCCAAUAUCCCCAUGGACAAGCUCAAGUGGACGUCUCCAUUCAGCAGCCACCGCGCAGCUCUAAGCCCAAUGUCCCACAGUUCCUCUCCAUCUCGAAAGGAUGCCGGCCUCCCCUCGGCCACCGGGCAGUUCCUAGCCCCCGAUGAUGACUAUCACGGCACACUAAAUGGAUGUGGGGAAGAUGUGUGCCAGCAAACCCGAACGCGACACUUAUCCAGCAGCGCCUUGGACAGUCCCUCUCGCUCUGCAAAGUCGGAGAACGAGCUGUCCCUCCCCGUUCUCCCUGUUCGGCGGUUCUCUUCUCCCGACAGCGGUCAGGACUCUGCCUCCACACACACAGACAGUGGCUUAGGGUCAGAAUCAGAAAGCACCGAGGUCCAGUCCUGGAUGGAGAGCAUAGAGGAACAGCGCAAGUCCCAUCCAGAAAGCAUGGUGUGGGCUACAGCGGUUGCCCUGGCCUGGCUAGAGAACAACUCAGCUGCCUACUUCACUGAGUGGGAGCUACUAGCAUCCAAGGCCGAUAGGUGGUUGUGUAAGCAGAGAAUCCCAGAGGGACGCACGCUGGCUACAGUCAAGUCGGCAGCCCAGCAAUUUUUCGUGUUGCUCCGGCACUGGGAUGAGAACCUGCAGUUUAAUGUCUUGUGCUACAACCCUAGCAGCGUGUAGGAGCGACGAAGGAAUAGGAGCGGUGAUAAGCAAAAUGCCUGUGUGUUGUGGUAUGGGUGUUUUGUGAAGAGUUGUAUCAGUUCACUCAAUGUGCUGGGUUUGACGUGACGUCUCUGCAUGUUGGCCCUGACUGUUUUUUUGUUGUCGGCGGAGAGCGCGUGAAGGGGUGGUCAGCCAUCAGAGAGGAACGUGUUGGAGAGGGGACUAUGUGGUGCUAAUGGGUGUGUAGUGGGUUUUUCAGGAGGUUGGGGGCCUUGAGCUACCAGUAGGUGAGCAAAGACUGUUCAGUCAACGAGUAGAGCCUGGGUGGGCCGCCCAAUGGGCAAGGUUGCAUGUUCGUCUGCUUGUAAAUCUCUGUGUGUACGACAGUACUUAUUACCUCUUCUUGUGCUUCAUCACUGAUACAGCCAAGUGUAUAUGUAUGUAUGGUGGUCUGCUACAUCGCUCUCUCUCUCUCUCUCUCUCUCUCUCUCUGCAUGACCUUAUGUGAUUAUGGUGGUCUGUCCCACUGCCUAGUGUGAUGUACUUAACAUCUCUGGGUAUACGGUGGUCUUCCAGCCUUCUGUUUAUGUUUGCUGAUGAGGGGAGCCCUGGGCACCUAUCCUUAUCCGUAUACGCAGGUCUGCCCCUGUACCCCAGUUGUGCCCCACUAACCAACACACCACCCCCACCCCGCGCGUGUGGUGUGCCCUUUUCGAGUAUGUACUGAAUGUAAGCAGCCACGUGAUAAUCUAUUUACUGUGGUGUCAUUAAGGGAACUGGGUUAGGAUAUCAUAUGCAGGAAUAUGGGAUCAGCUCUAUGCAUGGGGGUCCGGGGGUCUUGUGUUUGAGGUUCAUUUACUCAAAAUAAUUUUUAGUUGGUUGUGUGUUUCUUAACGAUUGUUUUGCUGGGUUGGUUCUGUGUGUUGGGUGUGAGUUUUUGAAGUUUGGUUGUUGUCCCGCUUUCCGCAAGUUGCACAUGAGGUCCGCCCUCUGUAUUCUAUGUCCUGAUCACUGCAUCUUAAAAGUAACGCGUUUCGCAGGGUCUCACGACAGACGAGAUUCUAUUUUUCACUUUGAUUAUACAUAGCACAGACUGUCUUCCUCUAAUGCAUCACACUUUGUAUAUACGUUGUUUAUUUGUUUGAAAAAGGCUGUCUUCUGAUUACAUUUUAUCUUAGGUAGACAACAGUAGCACUAGGGAUAGUUGCAGAUGGAACACUGAAGACUAGGGAAUUUGCAGGUUUGGACAGAAAUCCUCAUCAGAUCACAGAGAGAUUUCAAACUGUAUAAACACCCAAAGAACUGCGGCCAAAUUAUUUUCCAUGUUUCCCAUAAAGUGGUAUUCAAUAUAAUGACACCAUGUACUACAAUAUAUAACAUGUAAAAAUUACAGAUUGGAUGAUGUAUGUAAUCCCUACUUUGUAGAAGAUACAUAGCAUACGUACAAUACACAACAGCUAGCCUCAGCGAAAGUACACAGCAUACGUACAAUACACAACAGCUAGCUUCAGCAGAAGUACACAGCUUAUGUACAAUACACAACAGCUAGCCUCAGUGUAAGUACACAGCAUACGUACAAUAUACAACAGCUAGCCUCGGCGGAGGUACACAGCAUAGUACAAUAUACAACAGCUAGCCUCAGCGGACGUACACAGCAUACGUACAAUACACAACAGCUAGCCUCAGCGGAAGUACACAGCAUAUGUACAAUACACAAGAGCUAGCCUCAGCGGAAAUACUCAGCAUGCGUACAAUACACAACAGCUAGCCUCAGUGUAAGUACACAGCAUACGUACAAUAUACAACAGCUAGCCUCGGCGGAGGUACACAGCAUAGUACAAUAUACAACAGCUAGCCUCAGUGGACAUACACAGCAUACGUACAAUACACAAUAGCUAGCCUCAGCGGAAGUACACAGCAUAUGUACAAUACACAAGAGCUAGCCUCAGCGGAAAUACUCAGCAUGCGUACAAUACACAACAGCUAGCCUCGGCGGAAGUACACAGCAUGCAUACAGUACACAACAGCUAGCCUCAGUGGAAGUACACAGCAUACGUACAGUACACAACAGCUAGCCUCUGCAGAAGUACACAGCAUACGUACAGUACGCAACAGCUAGCCACAGCGGAGGUACACAGUAUACGUACAGUACAUAAUAGCUAACCUCAGCGUAUAUACACAGUAUACGUACAAUACACAACAGCUAGCCUCAGCGGAAGUAAACAGCAUACGUACAGUACACAACAGCUAGCCUCAGCAGAAGUACACAGCAUAUGCACAAUACACAACAGCUAGCCUCAGCGGAAGUACACAGCAUACGUACAAUACACAACAGCUAGCCUCAGCGAAGUACACAGCGUACGUACAAUACACAACAGCUAGCCUCAGCUAAGUACACAGCGUACGUACAAUACACAACAGCUAGCCUCAGCGGAAGUACACAGCAUAUGUACAGUACACAACAGCUAACCUCAGCGGAAGUACACAGCAUAUGUACAGUACACAACAGCUAACCUCAGCGGAAGUACACAGCAUACGUACAGUACACAACAGCUAACCUCAGCGGAAGUACACAGCAUUUGUACUAUACACAACAGCUAGCCUCAGCGGAAGUACACAGCAUGCGUACAAUACACAAUAACUAGCCUCGGCGGAAGUACACAGCAUGCAUACAGUACACAACACAAGCCUCAGCGAAAGUAUACAGCAUAUGUACAGUACACAACAGCUAGCCUCAGCGGAAGUACACAGCAUACGUACAAUACACAACAGCUAGCCUCAGCGGAAGUACACAGCAUACGUACAAUACACAACAGUUAGCUUCAGCGGAAGUACACAGCAUACGUACAGUACACAACAGCUAGCCUCAGCGGAAGUACACAGCAUAUGUACAGUAUAUAACAGCUAACCUCAGCGGAAGUACACAGCAUUUGUACAAUACACAACAGCUAGCCUCAGUGGAAGUACACAGCAUUUGUAGAAUACACAACAGCUAGCCUCAGCGGAAGUACACAGCAUAUGUACAAUACACAACAGCUAGCCUCAGCGAAAGUACACAGCAUAUGUACAGUACAUAAUAGCUAGCCACAGCGGAAGUACACAGCAUACGUACAAUACACAACAGCUACCCUCAGUGGAAGUACACAGCAUACGUACAGUACACAACAGCUAGCCUCAAUGGAAGUACACAGCAUUUGUACUGUACACAACAGCUACCCUCAGUGGAAGUACACAGUAUACGUACAGUACACAACAGCUAGUCUCAACGGAAGUACACAGCAUUUGUACUGUACACAACAGCUAGCCUCAGCGGAAGUACACAGCAUACGUACAAUGCACAACAGCUAGCCUCAGCAGAAGUACACAGCAUACGUACAGUACACAACAGCUAGCCUCAGCAGAAGUACACAGCAUACGUACAGUACACAACAGCUAGCCUCAACGGAAGUACACAGCAUUCAUACAAUACACAACAGCUAGCCUCAGCGGAAGUACACAGCAUACAUACAAUGCACAACAGCUAGCCUCAGCAGAAGUACACAGCUUACGUACAAUACACAACAGCUAGCCUCAGCAGACAAGGGUAGAACAACUCAGUGUAAUUAGAAGCAGCGGAGAGUUGCAAUGGGUGGAGUCAAUUCAGCACUCACUAAUCCUGUACUGAACUUAUGGGCAAGCAACAGAGUCACUGAAGGGUAGACAGAGACAAGGGAGUGCGCACUGGAUAGUGCACUUGGAUAGCGCCAGGGGUAAUACAAGAGGUUAGAGGGCCCUGCACGUGAGUGCUUACAUACACAGAACAUAUAUUACACAUGUGGUCAGGCAGUCACUGGAAUAUCUCUCUAUUCAGCAUGGUCAAACCUACACUGCUGACAGCCGUACCCAGCGGAGCUCAUUCUGAUUCACUCACAAAGCGGAUGUAGUGGCCGGCAGGUGCCAGAUUUAUCACCUUAUGCUAAUGAGAAUUUCCGUAGCGCUAUAGCGUGGGGUCAAGCCCCUGCAAGUGGAAAGCCAAUCUGCCCAUUGAUUAUAUUCCGUCCUCCUCAGACUCAGCCCCAGUAUGUCCCGUUUGCUAAUCCAGAUAACAUAAUGCCACACAACGGCUCUCCAGUGUGGGGUGAGUCCCAAGAUGUCAGCAUGGACGGAACAUGUUUGGUGGCCUGCGACCCUCUGCAAGGUCAUAUAAUAUUCAGCAAAAUGCACAGUAAAAUAAAACCAAUCUCCUUGGACUGACUAGAUGGCAGGCCAUUUCUCAUGGAUAGCUUUCUUGAAGGAUAGAGAUAAUUGCGCCAGUAUUCCGCAGAUGGUAAAACUCUCUUCCCGUAUGACAAAGAAAACAUGACGGCUUCUCGUGACGUCUUCCCAGGCUGGUGGUCUGCUUGUCAUGGGCAUUAAAUGACACAUUACAAGUGUGAUGUGUAGUCUCAGCAGAAACCUGUAAGUGCUCAGCAGACACCAUGAAACGCGUGGCAGCAGACACCAUGAAACGCGUGGCAGCAGACACCAUGAAAUGCGUGGCAGCAGACACCAUGAAACGCAUGGGAACGGACAGCUAAAAUGAUGUGUUGCCAGACACGGAUGUCAUGACAAAGGUCAGCAUGUAAUGGUCUGUAAUAUGAAGGACUGUAAUAGCACGCUGUGUCUGCAUACCAUAUACACUGAUAGUUGGAACCCUCCAGUGCCCACUGGUAGCACCUUUGUGCCUUCUGUUUAUUGGGCUUUGUUUUAUGUGGGGCUGUGAGAGGUUUGGGCACCAGGUAUUAUUUUUCUGUCUGCAUCUUGGAAACAUUGAUACUUGUGUUCAGUAAAGUGAUAUUUUGUGAACAAA